GAUUGCCCCAAGCACGGCAGCUCCAAUGCAUGCCUGAAGCCCGAGCUGUCGACGAAGACGAAGCGAUCCUGGGGAAUGUCAACCCACCUUCAUUGGUCCUACUACGACCAGGACGGCUGGACGGAGUUCAUCCCGCAAACCGGGUGGCCCAACGAGUGUGGGCACGCUGCGACAGGGCCCAGCCAUCCAGGCCAGAGCCCAAUCGACAUUCAAGCGACCGACUCCGUCGUGGCUCCCAAUGUGAGUAUUGCUCUGGGUCCGGGCUUCAAAAAGCCUUUGAAGAAGCUGCAGGUUUCGAACAACGGCCAUUCCAUGACCGUUAUCGUGUGCGGUCGAAGCGGCACGACCUGUGAGGCAUCGGCGUCCUUCGGAACCUGGCCGAAGGCUAUGCGCGGCCUCAACUCUACCAAGGCCGACAGGUAUUUCCUGGAGCAGUUCCACAUGCACUGGGGCUCCGACGAUAGCAAGGGCUCAGAGCAUCUGGUUUGCGGGCAACGGCGAGCAGCGGAGCUCCACAUGGUCUUCGUCAACGAGAGAGUUGUGCCGGAGGACCGGAGCGACCCAGACAGCGGCACCCUUCUGACUGUGCUGGGCACCAUGGUGGAGGGCGGCGCCUCUCAGGACAAUGCAGCAUUCGAGCCGAUCCUCGCGCACCUCUCAUCGAAGGUCAAGCACCAGAACCAGGUUGGGAUCUUGGAGCAACCCAUCGUUCUCGAGGACCUCCUACCAGAGGAUGCCUUCUCCAAGUUUUACACAUAUCCAGGGAGCCUGACGACGCCCCCCUGUUCUCAACGAGUCACUUGGUUCGUCUUCGAGAACUUCGUCCGGGUGUCGGAUCGUCAGCUGCAAGAGCUGCGGAGCCUGAACAUGGAGACGGCCGUUCGCGGAGAGGGCGGGCCUGCCUUUGCCGUGCUCUUCGUCAUCCUAGUCAUCGCCAUGGCGGCUCUGACCCACCAGGUUCUCGCCUCCUAUGUGCCGUGGCUGCCGCACUCAGCGGUUCUCUUCCUCGAGGGGGUGCUGCUCAGCAUGUACCUGGAUUCGAAGUACCACAUUCACGAGGGCAUGUUCGCGUCGGUGCAUAACUCGGUGGAAAUGUUCAUGCAGAUCGAUGGCCAUGCCUUGCUCUUCAUCUUCGUCCCGGUUCUCCUCUUCACCGAAUCUCUGUCGGUGGAUGUCCACCUCUUCCGGAAGACCUUCUGGCAGAGCUUUCUGCUCGCAUGCCCCGGGGUGGUGGCCAGUGCAGCACUCUCUGGCGUGGUGACUUUCUACGUGCUCCCCUACUCAUGGAGCUGGUAUCUGGCCAUGGCUUUUGGCUCCAUCGUCGCUGUGACGGAUUCCUUCGGCGUGGUGCAGGUGCUGAAGUCAUCGGGUGCACGGGAAGCGCUAACCGUGCUUAUCACCAGCGAGAGCGCGUUGAAUCAGGGCAUCGCCAUGAUUUUCUUCACCCUCUUUUUCACGCUGUUCAUGGAUUGGAUGGAUGUCUCGGCAAGGGACUUUCUGUUCUUCUUCCUGCAGGUGGUUGUCUUGGCUCCCAUCUUGGGUAUGCUCGUCGGUUGGGUCGGCUACGCGUGGAUGUGGUCCGCGUCGGACAGCCACAGCUCCGUCCACCUGGUGGUGCAGACCUGUGUGACGAUGUUCGUGGCCUUCUUCUCCUUCUACAUCUCUGAGAUGGAGUAUGGAAGCAAUGGCAUUCGCACCACCAGCGUUGCUGCGCUCGCCAUGACAAGGUACAUCGGACCUGCUCUGUGCUCACCUGAGAUCAUCAAUAACUUCUGGAGGGUCCUGGCCUUCGUCACCCGUGCCCUGAUCUUCACCAUCGCUGGGAUGAUAAGUCAUCGAGCAUCCACGUCAGCAAAUGUGACCUUGGUGGACUGCGGCUACUGCGUCGCACUCUUUGUGCUGAUGCUUCUGAUCCGCGCUCUUGUGGUCGUGGCAUCUUACCCACUGCUCAGCAGAAUGGGCGUGGGGCUGAAAAGCCGGGAGUACGGCUUCGUGAUCUUGGGCGGAUCACGUGGCGCGAUCAGCCUAGCCUUUGCGAUCUCGGCAAGAUCGGCCUUAAUCCUCGCGGAGGAGGAGGCCAUGGGUGACCAAAUGGUCUUCCUUUUAUCCGGCCUAUCCUUCCUGAGCAUGGUGCUGAACACGGCCGCCACGAAGGUCUUCGUGAAGCUCGCGGGUGUGGAAAGCCAGUACACCUGUGAAAGCAAGCAGGAGUACCUGGAUCAUAUCGCCGACCAUGUCUCGAAGUAUGCGCGAACGCAGUACAAGGAGAUCUGCUCGAACAUGCGAGUGAACGCCGUGGAGGCUUUGGACACUUUGCCGGCCCUCCGGGAUCUGAAAGGAACGGAGGAGGCGCAUCCGUCGGCCGACGCACCCCCGGCCGACGCACCUUCCGUCGUCCCCACGCUUUGGGGUCGCGUGGUCUCAGAAGAAUGCCCUGACGAAAGGAUCAGCAGCUUGAUGGCCAAGCAGAAUGCCUACCCUCCGGCGAACCCCCGGAAGAUGAGGAUCCUACGCGAAACCUUCCUGCGCAUCGUGAGGAAGAAGUACUGGGACCUCAUCGAAUCGAGGCAUCUACCCAAGAAGUCGCCAGCUGCCCUUAAGCUGCUGGAUGCGCUCGCCGCCGCGUUGAGCGACACAGACAUGGAGCUGCAUGACUGGUCGCUGCUGCAGGAGGAGCUGCCGAAGGAGAGCGUCUUGGAGAAGACCGUGAGAUUUCUGGACUCGGGUUGCCCGGCUUGCUGCAGCUGGAUUCAUGACUGGCACUUGGGCUGGAGUGUGCAACAUGAGCUGGACUCUUACAUAGCCGUCGUUUCGUUCAUCACUGCCCACCAUCAUGCACAGUAUGCGCUCGCGGACAUGCUCGGCGAGAAGGACACCGCCGAGGACGUUACUCUGAUGCUGGAAUCCAGCCGUCAAGUCCGUGAUGCCCAGCUACAUUUGAAUAUGAUUGGUGGCGAGGAUAUCAAUAUAUUCAACAACUCGAUUGUGAGCGAGCUGAUUAUCCAGAGAGUCGCGGAGUUCAUCCACCAGUUCGUGCACCAAGGUUUGAUCCUAGGUGUCAUCGCCUCAGCUGGGGCUCGGUACGCCUGGGACGACUCUAAGGGAACUUAUACUGCAAAGUAA